UUUUGUGAAAGGAUCGAUAACUCUGCACAUAAUAUUGCGAUUUUGACUGACAGAUUACAACAUACUGAUUCGUGGCAAAUCGGAUAAAAUGGACGUAACCGGCCUUUUAUAUGCGUGCAUUUUACUUGGAAUUGUGUUUAUUCUUGUGGUUGUAAUUGGUAUAUUCUUUACAUCAACACCAUAUCCAUCAAUGGAAAGAUAUGAAAGUGAGAAAUUUUAUGAAUGUCCUGUAAAGAAAACAAAGUGUAGAUUUCCCAGUCUUCAUGAUCCAGCCAGUACCGACCUAUCUGUUAUUGUACCAGCGUAUUUUGAAGAGACCAGAUUGCCAAUAAUGAUGGAUGAAGCUUUGAGUUAUUUGGAAGAGCGCCAGCAAAAGACUCCGUCCUUCAGUUAUGAGAUAAUUGUUGUUAAUGAUGGCAGUUCAGACAGAACUUCAGAGGUUGCUCUUCAAUACAGUAUGAAAUAUGGAAGCAACAAAGUCAGAGUGCUAACCCUUGAAAAGAACCGAGGGAAAGGUGGUGCCGUGAGAUUGGGAAUGUUUGUUGCCCGGGGCAAGAACCUGCUGUUUGCCGACGCCGAUGGUGCUAGCAAGUUUAGUGAUUUACAGAAACUGGAGAAGGCCAUGUCAGAUAUACAGAACCAGGACAGCAUGGGAGUCGUUUGUGGGUCCAGGGCACAUCUAGCUCAAGACUCUGUUGUUAAGAGAUCAUUGUUCCGGACUCUUCUAAUGUAUGGUUUCCACUUCCUGGUUUAUGUUCUGUGCGUAAAAGGAAUCAAGGAUACCCAGUGUGGUUUUAAGCUUCUCACAAGAUCAGCUGCUCUGUUGCUGUUUUCAAAUCUUCAUGUGGAAAGAUGGGCCUUUGAUGUAGAAAUGCUGUAUUUGUCGCAGAGGUUCAACAUUCCUAUUGGCGAAGUGGACAUUUCAUGGCAGGAAAUUGAAGGUUCUAAGAUGAUUCCAGUCUGGAGCUGGCUUCAGAUGGGUAGAGAUUUGGUCCUUAUUAGGCUGCGGUACAUGCUAGGUGCUUGGCGUGUCAAAACAGACACUAAGCAACAAUAGUCGCAGUCUAGUGGUUGUUAAUUGUCUAAAAGUGCCACAUAUCUGUCGGAUGUUAAUACAAAGACAUUAUCAUUAAAUUUCAUAAUGGAAUAACAUAGUAUUAAAGUGAGAAUUAAAGAAUACAUUAUAGUAUUUUAAUAUUU